CUUGAUGCUGCCUUUCAAGCAAAUAUUGAGUCCGAAACAUCUUCAACAAUGAUCUCAAUUCAAAUAAGAUCAGAUCAUUUUUGUUGUGCUCUGUCUCUCUCUCUCUCUCUCUCUCACACACACACACACACAUAUAUAUGUAUAUAUGUUAAAUAUUUAGAGCUGGAUCUGAAGCCAACUCAUAAUAAAACACCUUAAACACGAACCCAAGUCUCUAAGCAGAGGAUUCAAUCAAUGGCACCCAAAACCCCUCCCCUCUUCCUCACGCUCACUCUCCUCUCUCUCCUCUCCCUUGUCUUCUUCCUCCUUCAUUCCUCCACCGCCCCACCACCUCCACCUAAUGCCAAAAAUGCCCUUACCACAUCACAAGAUUUCAUCAAAGUCUACAUUUCACCUCUCCCCAGAUCCCUCAACUAUGGCCUCUUGGACAAAUACUGGGCCUUAACCUCCGAUACACGGGUCGGAAGUGAAGUAGACAAUGAAAUAAGGAAGACCCUUUUGCCCAAACUUCCCAAGAAAUCUCUUCCGUAUCCUGAAAACCCCAUAAUUAAACAGUACAGUGCCGAGUACUGGAUCUUGGGGGAUUUGUCGACCCCUGAGGAGUUAAAAGGAGAGUCUUUUGCGAAAAGGGUUUUGGAUUACAAGGAUGCUGAUGUGAUUUUUGUGCCUUUUUUCGCGACAUUGAGUGCUGAACUGCAGCUGGUGGUUAAUAAAGGUGUUUUCAGGAAGAGGGUUGAGGAGAACGAGGACUAUAUGAGGCAGAAAAUGGUGAUUGAUUUGGUUAAAAAUUCGGCAGCUUGGCAGAAGUCUGGUGGCAGAGAUCAUGUUUUUGUUCUCACGGACCCUGUUGCAAUGUGGCAUAUCAAAGAUGAGAUAGCUCCUGCAGUCCUCCUUGUGGUGGAUUUUGGUGGCUGGUACAGGCUUGAUUCCAAAACAUCCAAUGAUAGCUCAUCUGACUUGAUGAUACAUCACACCCAAGUUUCGCUAUUGAAAGAUGUCAUUGUGCCGUACACCUAUUUGCUUCCUAGGCUUCACCUAUCCGAAAACCAGAAGCGAGACACUCUUCUUUACUUCAAAGGAGCAAAGCAUCGGCACCGGGGUGGGAUUGUUCGAGAAAAACUAUGGGAUUUGUUGAUCAAUGUGCCUGGAGUUGUUAUGGAAGAAGGCUUUCCCAAUGCAACUGGGAAGGAGCAGUCCAUAAGGGGAAUGAGGAAGUCAGAGUUCUGUUUACACCCAGCAGGGGAUACGCCCACCUCAUGCAGACUUUUUGAUGCCAUCCAGAGCCUCUGUAUACCCGUGAUUGUUAGCGACAACAUAGAGCUCCCAUUUGAAGGAAUGUUGGAUUAUUCAGAGUUUUCUGUUUUUGUUGCAGUUAGUGAUGCUUUGAAGCCAAAUUGGCUUGUGAAUCAUCUUCGAAGUUAUUCCAGUGAACAGAAGGAUAGGUAUCGUAAAAAUAUGGCUAGGGUUCAACCGAUUUUUCAGUAUGACAAUGAUCAUCCGGGGGGCAUUGGUCCAAUACCACCAGAUGGUGCUGUGAACCAUAUUUGGAAAAAAGUUCAUCAAAAACUGCCAAUGAUCAGAGAAGCUAUUACUCGAGAGAGGAGAAAACCACCAGGAGUUUCAGUUCCACUUCGUUGUCAUUGUACUUGAACGUCAUAGUUGUAUGAUACCAUUCAUUAAAUUUCUUUAUUUGCAUUCUCUCUAUCAAUGUGAGUUUAUUCCUCUGCAAGAAAAUCUAAAUGCAUGGUUCAUGUUAA